AUUGAUUUUAAACGUCAAAUAUCGACAAAAACGGCGUCGGUAGAUUUUCGUCAAUCUAAGAAAAAUAACUAAUUUACUUUUCAAAUGGUGUAGACUGUGUAUUAUUAACGAAUAAAUAAAUGUAAUGGACAUUUAAGGAAUCUUUAUAGUUAAAUAAGUGCAAUAUGGCUCAACGAUUCCCAGCGGGCGGGCCUAACGCGGCGCCUCCGCCUGGUGCUAUGCAGCAACAACAGCGGUAUCCCGGCCCGGCACAGCCACAAGGAUCCCCAAUGCAGCAAAGACCAUAUCCAGGACCUAAUUUUCCGGCUCGCAGCGGGUUCACGCCGCCGCCGCGCGCGGGUGGCGCGGCGGGCGCGGGCGGCGCGGCGGGCGGCGGCGGCGCGGCGGGCGGCGGCGCGGCGGCCGGGUACUCGGCGGGCGCGGCCGCCGCGCCGCCCGCGCGCGCGCCCGCGCCGCCGCCCGCCGCCAAGCGGCAGGACGCGCGCAGCCCCAUGCCGCCGCAGCACAAGCCCGCGCUCUACACGCCGGAGGCGUAUGGCGGCGUAGGCGGCGCGAGCGGCGGCGGCGGCGCGGGCGGCAAGCGCAAGAAGCGGCUCGCGGACAAGAUCCUGCCGCAGAAGGUGCGCGACCUGGUGCCCGAGUCGCAGGCCUACAUGGACCUGCUGGCCUUCGAGCGCAAGCUCGACGCCACCAUCAUGCGCAAGCGACUCGACAUCCAGGAGGCACUCAAGCGGCCCAUGAAGCAGAAGCGCAAGCUGCGCAUAUUCAUAUCCAACACUUUCUAUCCUGGACAAGGAGAGAAUGCAGUAGCGUCGUGGGAGCUGCGUGUUGAAGGCCGUCUACUAGAUGACUCCAAAAACGAUCCUAACAAGGUGAAGCGUAAAUUCUCAUCAUUCUUUAAGUCUCUGGUAAUAGAGUUGGAUAAAGAGCUGUACGGACCUGACAACCACCUCGUGGAAUGGCACCGCACACUCACCACGCAAGAGACUGAUGGGUUCCAGGUGAAGCGGCCCGGGUACAAGAACGUGCGGUGCACGAUCCUGCUGCUGCUGGACUACCAGCCGCUGCAGUUCAAGCUGGACCAGCGGCUGGCGCGGCUGCUGGGCGUGCACACGCAGACGCGGCCCGUGAUCGUGAACGCGCUGUGGCAGUACGUGAAGACGCACCGCCUGCAGGACCCGCACGAGCGCGAGCACGUGCUGUGCGACAAGUACCUCGAGCAGAUCUUCGGAGCGCCGCGCCUCAAGCUGGCCGAGGUGCCGGGCCGCCUGGCCGGCCUGCUGCACGCGCCCGACCCCAUCGUCAUCAACCACGUCAUCGCCGUCGAGCCGCCGCACGACACCAAGCAGACGGCCUGCUACGACAUCGACGUAGAGGUGGACGACACGCUGAAGACGCAGAUGAACAACUUCCUACUGAGCACCGCCAACCAGCAGGAGAUCCAGGGGCUCGACUCCAAGAUACACGAGACGGUGGACACAAUAAACCAAUUGAAGACGAACCGCGAAUUCUUCCUGAGCUUCAGCAAGGACCCGCAGCAGUUCAUACAGAAAUGGCUCGUCAGCCAGUCGCGGGACCUCAAGACGAUGACUGGCGGCGCGGGUGGCGCGGGUGGUGGUAGUCCCGAGGAGGAGCGGCUGGCGUCGUUCUACGCGCAGGGCUGGGCGGCGGAGGGCGCGGCGCGCUACCUGCACGCGCGCCUGGCCGCGCGCCGCCGCGACCUCGACCACGCGCUCGCCGCCGCCUCCACCGCCGCCGCGCACGCCGCGCACGCCGCGCAUCUCACCCGCCUCUAGCUGCACUUCUAAUAAACUCACGUUUCGUACAUUG